AUGAAAGUAACUAUUAUUAAGUCAAAUGUUGAUAAAAUUUUGAGUUAGAUAGAAAACAAGGAAGAAAUUAUUAAUAUCACUGCAAUCAAAUGCAAUUUAGAAACUAUCCCAAUUUUGGAUUUUCCUAAUCUCAAGGUCCUUGAUCUAUCGUAUAACAACAUUUCUUCGUUUGAGAAUUUACCAAGCACAAUAGAAUACUUAAAUUUACAAAAUAAUCAAUUUGAAUACUUUGAGGAUUUAGAAUUCCCUCCCUUUUUGGUCUAUUUAAACUUCAAUGGCAACAAAGUUUCCACUAAAAUUUAGUAUCGUAGCAAAUUAAUCAAGAGAAUAAAACAAACAUGUCCUGAAUUUAAAUAUUUGGAUAACGUUCCUAUAAAACUACGCUAUGCAGAGAUGCCUAUCAACAUCAGUAAGUUUGAUACUGUUAUGGAUUUUACAUAUGAGAUGUUUGGGGAUGAGAGUUGA